AUGAUACCAGAGCAAGAGUUAACUGUUAUUCUUUCAUUUUAUCAUUCUCCUAUGCUACAAUCAACUGACAAAAAUAAAUCUCAAGAAGAUAAUAAAGAUGAAGAGAUCAAAAAAAAUAUUGAAGAAGAAAAAAUUAUUGAAAAUAAUAUGAAUGAUACUAAUUAUUUAACUCCAUCUUUGAAAUCUACCUCUACAACAGUAUUUAAAUUUCAUGAUUUUGAUAAUGAUUUAGAAAAAGAAAGUAAAGAAGGUAUUCCAACAUUACCUUCAAAUCCACCACCCCUUAUUAAUACAGAAGUUAAGUCAAAUUUUAAACUUUUACGUGAAACUUUUGAACAAAAAAGUAAUAUAAAAAAUCAGGAGAUCAAGAAGUUAGAAGAUAAUAAAAUGUCUAGUGCUGGAAGACUUGUUCAAGAGGCUAAAAUCUCUGAAAAGAGAUGGUCAUCUCAUCCUGAACGUGUUGUUGAGGGAACACCACCAAAACCAGUAAGUUUUUUUUUUAGUUUAAAAAAGAGUUAA